GAGAAGGAAAGAAAAUGGUGAGGAGAGCAUGUUGCGAGAACAUGGGAUUGAAGAAAGGGCCAUGGACACCACACGAAGAUCAUAUUCUCAUUUCUUAUAUCAAUCAAUUUGGUCAUUCUAAUUGGAGAGCUCUCCCUAAACAUGCUGGUUUAUUAAGAUGUGGAAAAAGCUGCAGGCUUCGAUGGAAUAAUUACUUAAGACCCGAUAUCAAGCGAGGACAUUUUAGCACUCAAGAAGAAGAAACCAUCAUUCAAAUGCAUCAAAUUGUUGGAAAUAGGCACAUUCCCCCUACUCUUAUCUUACUUAAUUCUAUUUCAUGAAUUUUUUUAAUUCUAUAAUUAAUAGUUUAUAAAAUAUCACGAGACUUCAACCCUCAGUUUAAACUUUUAGUUGAAUUGACUUUUUGAUAAUAACUCGUUAUCAAUAUGUUAUAUGUAGAAGUGUUCAUUCAAGUCAUUGAUUGAUUUAGGGUUAAGUUUUUCGUGUCGGUUCAAAAUCAGGUCUUGGGCCCAUGUUGAUUUUUACAUAAUUGUAUAUCUAUUUGUGAAGUUCGGCCA